AUGGCAGUCCUUAAACUAGCAGAAUCAUUGUCCGCCUCUUCAUCAUCUUCUUCUUCUCAUUCAAAAAACAAUAAUAAAACACAACUCUCGCGGUGGCUCACGUGGAAUUAUAAUUUCGACAUUGACAAACAUCUCAACCCCUACAUUCUCAGUGGUCCUCGUCUCAUCCGCCGCUUUCCCGAUCGAAUCCGUCAUUUUCUAGGCUAUAGAAAUGAACUCAAAACUGAAAAGGAGUCGGAUCUAGUGAUAUGGCUAUUAGCAUUCGUAGGAGCUUUUGUUGGUGUCCUGGUGCUAGAGGCAGUGUUUAUGCACUGGCCUGAAGCUAUCUCCUUGGGUUGUCCAAUAAUCAUAGGGUCCUAUGGUGCAGCCGCAAUCCUUCUGUACAACGCUAUCGACUCGCCACUCUCACAACCGCGAAAUGCAUUCUUUGGCCAGCUCAUAUCCGCACUCACUGGUAUAGUAGUGUCGAAACUAUUCGCCUACCACCCGCGCUUCGAGACCGAAUAUGUAUGGCUCGCAGGAGCACUUUCUUGCGCGCUUGCGAGUGUAUUGAUGGGCGUUACGAAAACUGUGCAUCCUCCAGCUGGGGCAACGGCGCUGCUGGCUGCGGUAGAUGAUAGGGUACGACACAUGGGCUGGUUCUUGGUGCCAGUCGUUGUUAUAAGCAGUGGGUUAAUGAUUUCUGUGGCGCUGGUAUUGGGAAACAUCCAGAGGACGUAUCCUAGGCAUUGGUGGACUGCUGGAAUGGUCGGAAAGGAUCUGAGGGCAUCGAGAAGACAGAAAGACGUCGAAGUAGGGUCGGAGAAGGUUGAGAGGGAGCAGACGGCUGAAAGUGAACUUGGAGAGGAGGGAGUUGUGAUUGAGAGGGAUAGAAUCCAAUUGCCGGAGUGGUUGGUGUUGGGAGAGGUCGAGAGGGAUGUCCUGGAGACUGUGAGAGGCAGAAUCCAGGCGUAUCAUGAUGAUGCACAGGCGGACCGGCUGAGUCGAAUGGCAUCGGAUGAUUCAGAGCUCACGCUAUGA